CAAUUUGAAAUACCUGCCAUAGUCCACUUAUGAAAGUGUUGGGAAUCUGAGAGCAUCACAUGCCACAUCGAGACACACGUGCUUACUUCCCUCCCCACAGAAACUCCCUAUCUGAGUUAUUCAGGGCAGCCGUGCCAGGAAUAGCACUGUACUGUUUAUGCAGAUCCCAGGCCCUUUUAACUUGGUGUUGUUAAAGUGUUUAAAUGAACAGGUGUAGUUCCUCCCUUCAUUAUAUUUCUACAAUAAUGCUGUGGACCAAAUUUUACAAAUUUUUUAACAGACAUUACCCUGAUUCUCUCUCAGGAUUUCUUUUGCAGUGCAGAGCAGUGGCAUUUGAACUAAACAUAGUUAUGAGUGAGUGCAGGGAAGACUCCUCACUGACUGUCCAUCUUUAUGAUUUUAAUGUGAUCGAGAUGUUCAGCAAGAUGUUUCAGUAUUUUUAUCAUAAUCUUAGUGUAUGCUGAUGGAUGAAGACAUAAAAAAGUCAUUACGAAGAAAAACAAUUUCUACAGAGGCUAAAAUUGUUUCCCAUAAACACUUGCUGAAUAUGUUGCAACCACCUAACUGGUUUCAAUCCUGACACAUCUGUCAACUUAAAUAACCAUAGAAAUGUGAUAAAGUAGUACUUAUUGGUCUGAGUCACUUUUAUUUUUGAUUUAACUGCACUUUUAAUUGAAACUGAAUCACACAGUCCUUUUGGGAGACCAUGUCCACCCACAGUAAUUUUUAAAUGACAGUUUAAUAUCGACAGAAUUAUGCACACAAACACACAUUAAAACUGCUUAAUUUGGUAACACUGCUAUGCUCCAUUAAAGCACUAAAAGUCUAAUUGAUGAUAAAUGAAUUUCAGGGCCAUUUAGGCCACUAUCAGGCCUGCCAGCUUCAGGGUAGCUGUCUCAAAAUGGAGAGUUUUAUGUUGGCUAUAAAACCACAGCUGUAUUCAUCUUUUAGACAAAAACGGAAAUCAUUCUGGAAUAUUCUUAGCACCCUUAGUAUCACUGCAAAGUAUGGCAAAAUUUAGCUAUUAAGCAUUUAAUAUCUAAAAAGCAAUGCUGUAUGCCAGCUUGUCCAUCAUUACAAAGACCCUUUCUAUGCAGUGACUGCAGUAUGGAUGUAGCUGCAGUAUUAUAUGCUAAUGUCCUUGCUUUCUCAUAGCUGUGCUCAUCUUUUCUCAAAGCUGUAUUCAUCCUUCUUCUUGCAUUCCUCUGGCCUUCCCUCCCUUUUUCUGUGGUGGGAUUGUACAGCUCCAGAGCAAGCUGCAAUCUAUUUCUGUCCCUGUAUAUUCUCUUCUGGCUGCUGCCAACCAGACCCUGCGUUGUCACGGUGAUAGACAUCUCCACUAGCCUCCCUCAGCCAAUCAACACACCAGGUGUUUAUGCCAAGAAACAUGAUCAUUUUCCAUUUCCUUCCCACUCCUCUUGCAUGAGACUAAGGGAUUAGUAGCAAAGCCUAGUGAAGAGCACUCAGUGAAAAACAGAAACCUUGGUAGUGGCACUCUGAGGAUGGAAAAUAAAGUGUUUAGCUUUGGAGGAAGGAGCUGAACUCCAUUGAUUAAUCAAGGUGAGAAAGAAGAUAAACAUGAAUUCACUUUGGGUUGUAUUAGGUCCAGCCGAUCCCAGGAGGUGGCAGUACCCCCUGGAUGGGACACCAAUCCAUCGCAGGCUCAUUCACCACUAGAGGGAAAUUACGAGUAGCCAAACAUAACAAGAUACAUUUUGGACAGUGAAAAGAAACUUGAGAACUCGGUGGAAAACCAUUCAGAUGCAGGGAGAACAUGCAAAAUUCUAAACAUACCAAAGCUGAGGAUCAAACCAGGAAUCUUGGAGCUGUAAGCCAGCAACCUCACCCACUGCACCACACCACCAUGCUGUGUCUUCAUACAGUUUUACCACAAAGGGGAUAUGAUAUGCUAUGAAAUGACCUCCAAAAUCUGUGUUUACAAUUUUAAAAAGUUACAAUUUUACUGGUAUGUACUGCUAAUCAUAACUACAUUCUUCACUGAACAAUAAUUUAGCAUCUUCAGCAGUAGUGUGAAGAAGAAGCUUUGUCUUGUCCCAGUCUACUCAAGUAAAGUGUAACUGUGUGUGUGUGUGUGUGUGUGUGUGUGUGUGUGUGUGUGUGUGUGUGUGUGUGUGUGUGUGUGUGUGUAUGUAAAAGAAAGGGUAUGACUGAGAGAGAAAGAAGUUGGGUGUCAGAUCUCAUCUAAAUAGUCAGUAGAGAUGAGUUAGUGCCUGGUGUAGUGGAAAAGCCAGGCGACCCAGUGGGACAGACCAUUAUAUUUAUAGAGAGAGAUGAGAGGCUUGACCUUCACUGUUCAUUGAGGAUCAACCAUUUAGAGCAAUAACUCAGCAUAUGCAAUACUAUGAAUACAAGUGUCCUAUACAUUCAUUGCCACAUGUUUUUUAAUAUCUAAUAAUUUGAGCAUGUUAUUUCUUUUAGUUCAAUAACUGGUUUGUCAAAGACAUGUGUCCAUCAUUAUUUUCCGACUCUGUAUUGCUGCAAUUUCACUUUAUAAACAGCUUAUAAUUGGAUAAUAAUAGAAUCUCUUUAACACCUGUACAAUAUUUGAUUCAAAGCAAUUUUAAGCAUGCAUUAUCUCAUGCUAUUUAAACUCUCUUAAGCUGGGGACUUGCAAACAAUUAUUUUCAAUAAUAUUUGUGAAAAUUGUUUUACAUUAUGCAUUCACUGGCAAAGAUAAUUGAUUAAAGGUUUAUGUGAUGCAUCGUGAAUUUCUAUGGCAAAUAUAACAACAAAUGUAUAAUUAAAGUUUAUUUUAUGGUAACUGGUGAUAUCUAUGCUGCGAGACUUGUCAGCAUGCGUUGGUAGUUAUACCAAGUACUGGACCCCAACUCUUUUUUUUUUAACACUGAAUACAUUUUUAGAAACACAACACAAUUGGUCUUGGUGUACAUACUUAUCUAUGCAGUGCACACUGAAUGAAUGAUGUCUAUGCACUGCUUUCCAUGCCUUCAAAAGUGGUCUUUACUGUGGGCUGUUGCAUAACCCCUAACAGGGCCCCAUUGCUAUUUUUGUUCCUGGAUACACGUCUCAGUGAGGUAUUUUCUGUGGUGACUCGCUUACAUCAGUAGGUAUGAUAGUGUACCCUCAAUACACACUAUGUGGAUCAUUGAUGGGGCUUAUCUUUGGCUUAUUGGGCUUUAAAUCUGCUUUCCUUGAGGGUAACACACUGGAAUAUGGAACAUGGGAAUUAGAAAAGGAGCUGAAAAUGACUGGAAAUAUUGGACAAGGCUGUAUUUGAACACCAGAUAACCUGGAACUGGUACAGCCUAAGAAAACACUAAAGAAGUAAUAAAACCAGAAAUGAAAACAUUGGGGGAAAAAAUAAACACCAUUUUUUGAGAAUCACACUAUCAGCCUGGAGACUGCAUGUAUACAUUUUGGAAAUUAUGGCACUUAUUAAAGAUAUUUUACCAAAAUUAAGACAAUUGAUUCUGCUGGAUCCUGCAAAAUGAAGCAGCAAAGAUGUAGCAGACAUAAGUAUUGAUAUUAGAAAAAUAACAUUUGCAUCAUGGAGACUCCUGAACCCACUAUUGCAGUAGGAUGUUCCCCACAGGGAGGCACUUUGAAAGAAGAGAAACAUUCUGAUUCUGAAAUGGUCCAAAGAGAUCAUUUCCCUGGCACCAAGGACAAAAUACCACUAACAGAGAGACCCCACAGAGAUGAUUUGAGGUCAUGUCCCAGUAAUGAGACACAAACAGUGGGAGCAGGAACUAGUCCCACCUUACAAGCCAGUGACCAAAAUCCAAUCUACACAUGCAGGAAGACACAGCGUUUCCCUCCUCCUGGAAAAAGAUGUUUCCAAUCAAGUGUUAACCUCCUGUCAGUGGGUGUGCACAAAAAAGAGAUGAAAGUGAAAAAGACAGGAAAGUAUGUGUGUCAUUACUGUGGGAGAGCAUGUGCUAAACCCAGUGUGCUGAAAAAACACAUACGUUCUCACACUGGUGAACGACCAUAUCCAUGCGUUCCUUGUGGUUUCUCAUUUAAAACCAAAAGCAAUUUGUACAAACACAGGAAGUCUCACACACAUGCUGUCAAAGCAGGACUGUUUCCAUUUUCAGAGCAAGAUAGGAAGCUCGGGAGUGUGGAUGAAGAAGUGACAGUAGGAGAAGGAGAAAUGCACUCGGAUGCUGAGCAAAGCACUGACACUGAUGAGGAGGUGAGGGAAGAGGCAACUCUUGCACAGAGGCAGUCCUUGCACAAAGGCAGCUCUAUCCAAAUGAAGGACAGAGGGGAUACCAUACAGGACAUUUGUGGUAGACAUAAACAAAAGAUCCCUGGGAUAACUUUUACACAGAGUCCAUCAAAUGAGAGUACGUUAGGAAAAGUGUCUUUAUGGCAGUUUAGAGAAAUGAUGACACCUGUAAUUGUCACCCAGGUGGAGCACGAAAUUGAGUCUACUACCAUAAAGCAAAGACUUGCCCUUAGGCUUUCAGAGAAAAGAAGUCAAGAUUCCCUCUCUCUCCCUAGCUCAUAUAGCAAAGGCAGCACUGACUCUGGCUACUUUUCACGCUCAGAGAGUGCAGAACAACAGUGCAAUCAAGCAAGUGCAAAUGCCAAGUCAUACCAAGAAAUUAUGUUUGGGAAAUGUUAUAGACCAAGUGCCAAGCCAAGGCAAUCAAUCACUGUACAGACUUGCAUGACAGACAUAAAUGAGAGUCCAUCCAGUUUUAUGAUUAAAUUGACCAAAGGAAUGGCACCCGAGGAAGCCACAUGCCAUUUGCACAGACACAAAAAAGACCUGGCCAGAUCAAUAAAAAUUGAAUCAGAAUCUUUUCAAGAAGAAGAAUAUAAGGAAAUCCCAGAGAUAUUUCAGUGUAGGACUGAACUAUUAGAAACCCCACCAGAAUAUGGUUUACUUUUACGGAGCAACUCUCUUCCAACACCUUCUGAAUCUAAUGUAAGUGCAUCACAGGUACUAAGAAGCAGUAAUUCUUUUGAUGAGAGGAUGACAAACGAUGAAAUCUCCUUUCGUAGCUCAAUGGGAAUGCGAAAACUUAUGAGACAGGCUGCCUUUGAGCAUUCUGCACAUGAAGGACAUGCAGAACCGGAUAACCACACUUUGGUUUGUGGCCUGAAAUUAGAGCCAAAAGUUGACAGUGCUGAUGAUUCUAAAAUUGGAAUAGAGAAUUGUCCAGAAUCAGAGUCAUGCCUCAUGUUUCAAAACCACAUGAUGGAAAAUGCUACAAGGAAACGAAGAAAAGGAAAGAACAUUAUGGAAGAUGAAGAUUUUCCAACCCAAAAUAAGCCUUCAUGCUUGCCUGACCUCACAUGGGACCUUUGUACAAAGCAAGAUAUUCCGGAUGCUACAUAUACUGACACAGAGAGAUGGUCUGGUAGUAAUGUUAUCUCUGUAAUUCAACACACAAAGUCAUUAAGUAGGCUGAGUUCUGCAGAAAAGUCCAUUGAUUUUGAGUCACAACAGUUUAAUAAAAAUACCCUUUACCAAUUAAUAGAAAAGGAGCAAAUUAAGGAAAAAUGCAAAACCGACCCACUCAUGCAUUCUGGAAAAAUAGAGAGUCAAUACAGUGGAAGCAGUUUGAUCUACCAAUGGUCUCAAUUAUCUAAACAACUAGCUUUUCAAUCUGGUAUUCAAGUUCCAGAGAUUAGGGUUACCGAGGAGCCCGACAAACCAGAAAAAGUACGAGACAUGCAGGUUAGACCAAAUGAAAAAAACAGAGAAGAAUUCCAGUGGCCUCAGAGGAGUGAAACUUUGUCAAACUUCCCAGUUGAAAAGCUACCUCCAAAAAAGAAACGCCUGCGUUUAGCUGAGAUGGAAUGUUCCUCUGGUGAAUCAAGCUUUGAAUCUGCUUGUACUAGUCUCUCCAGAAGCCCAAGUCAAGAUAGCAAUUUAUCUCACAGCUCAAGCUUUUCUCAAUCACUUGACAGAGAGGAAGCUAUGAAUGUCCCAUCUCCCGCUAAAUCAGAUGAGUUUAGCAAGUGUUUGGAGUUCUUGUCUGUUCCAGGAAGUUCACUAAGCCAACAGAGAGAGAUGAGGCGCUCUGCAUCAGAACAGGCACCAUGCAACUUAUCCACUGAAUUACCAGAAUUUAGAAGCAAGUCCUUUGAUUACAGCAACCUUUCUUUGUCGAACAGCCCUAUUCAAAGUGAAAUCUAUGCCAGUGAUUGUGGAUUUAAAGAGCGAAGAAGAGGCUGUUUGGUUAGACAGGCUUCUUUAAGUGGUGAUCCAGAGGCUUUGACACAUGAUAAAUCUAUGGAGAUGAAUGCUAUACAGGGAAGCUCAGAAGCAGCUGAAAUGUGCAGGAAAAUGUCUUCACCAGACAAACAGUUUUUGUUGGAAGGUUCCUCUGGUGGCACUGAGAAAAUGAGGUACUUGCUGGUACAUGGAAGUGUUUCCCCACAACAGCUAAUUUCACCAGACUUGUCUCGAAUGCCAGAGCAAAUCCCUCAUAAACAGCCUCUUCUUUCCCAGACUUUACAGAUGCAUCAAUAUCAUGGCCUAAAGCAGAAAAUAAAGAAAGAACCUGAAGACUUGAAAUCAGUAGAAGAUCCUAGAAUAGCUCUGGCAGAUCUACCAAAAGAUCAUUCACAGAGUGUGACCAAUGUCUUGUCAACAAUAGCAGUUCUUUCACAAGCUCAGCCUGCUUUAGCCAAUCCGAGGAUUCCUGGUCUGUUAGUUCCAGUCAGAAUUCAGAUGCAAGUACCAUGCUAUGGAAAUAUCACAUACACUAGUAUAUCUCAUAUUCUGGAUUCUCAAUACGAGACAAACUUAACACCAAAUAAUGUUAUCACUCAAAGUAAAUGUUUAAAUGUUACAUCACAACACAGAAUAGGUUUGGAUGCAUGUCAAACACCAGGACAUCCAAGAGGACUUCUGCACAACCCACCAUCAUCACCUGCAAAACUUAAUACAGGCAUACCACUGUCCUUGACUUCUAGAACAAUUUCAACAACAGAGGCUCCAAGCGGUGGGGCUAGUAAGCGAAUGCUUUCUCCUGCAAGUAGUAUCGAGCUCUUCAUUGAAGCAACUCAGCAAAAACGAGUCAAAGAUGAGAAUAUGUAUGGGCAGAUUGUAGAAGAGCUUAGUGCUGUAGAAUUGGGACAUCCUGAUCUUAGAAUUGAGAAACAGAAGAAAGAAACUAAGUCAACACAUGUACAAAAUCCACCAGGAACUGUUGAGGAGAUAGAAAUGGAGGAUUCUAAUAUAGCCGUCUACAAUAAAGCAAGGUUACCAUUGUCCAGCAGUGUUCCUCCAGAAGCAAUUUUGGUAAACAAUUUACCUAUCCCAGUGCAGAUUGCUAAAAGAGAUAUUGCAAAUACUUGGAUACUAUCUCAGUUUCCUGGUCUUCACACUACAACAUGUGUGAGUUGGUGUUAUCUUAAUAGUUCUAAACCAAACACCACCCAAUCAGCACCUAAUUUCUCUGUUUAUGCCUCUUGGUUUAUGAGAUGCCAUAACCCAAAUCCACCAAAUCUCAGUACUGGAAAGGCACUUGCCCUUCUGCAAUCUAAACAAAAGAAACAAAAUACCACAUAUACAAUUGCAGCCAUGUAUCAACCUGGAAUACUUGUUACUUCAACUUUGUCAAGUCACAAGCAGAAACAGGGGACCAUUGACGCUAGGGUGGAAGACAUAACAUAUGAUACACAAAUGAAGGACAUUAAGCAAAAGUGUAAACCAUCACGUGACAAUAGCAAGGAAACUGAGGCACCUUUAAGGCAAACAGAGCCUGCUCGUGUAAAGAUCUUUGAAGGAGGGUACAAAUCAAAUGAGGACUACGUGUAUGUCAGGGGACGGGGCCGUGGGAAGUAUAUUUGUGAAGAGUGUGGAAUUCGAUGUAAAAAACCAAGUAUGCUAAAGAAACAUAUACGUACUCACACAGAUGUGAGGCCCUACAUAUGCAAGUGCUGUAACUUUGCCUUUAAAACAAAAGGGAACUUGACGAAGCAUAUGAAGUCAAAAGCCCACUUGAAAAAAUGCCUUGAGCUUGGUGUUUCUCCGAUGAAUAUGGACAAUACAGAUGUUGCUGAACAUGAAGAUGAUGCACCGAAAUCGUCAGAGAUCAGACCAGUAAUUGAUGCAGCCAUUAAACAUCAGUUUUCUGAUGCGGAUGACUCAGAUGUUGGCGAGGAAGAUGGAGAUGAACCAGAUGAUGAUGAGGAUGAUGAAUAUGAUGGGGACUCUACGCCAAGAACCCACUCCAGAAGCACAAGUCCUCAGCCUUACACAAUUAACAAACCAUUUCCCUCCACAUGUUUCACUAAGAACUUGGAUCCUAAAGAAAGCUUUGAUGCAUCAUCAGUCAGUAAUGAGGACGAUCUGAUUCUUGAGCAAACAAGCAACACAUUUGAUCCAUGUACAUCUCAACUGCUCUCUCCAUGUUGGGAUUCACCUCAUCAAAGGAACAUCUGUAUACAGAGAGAUCUGUCCCAACAAGGUCAUCUGGCUCCAGGAAGGGCUCCAUCCCCCUUGAGACCCCUUUUUUCAAGGCAAGAUGUGAACAUCAGAGGAGAUCUCUCACCAAUUCGCCAGCUGUCACCUGUAAGGCCCAUUUCACCAGGGACCGAUGCAUCACGUUAUCGUACAUCCUCCCCACGUGGACAUAGAGGCAUGCUUAGGGCUGCAUCACCACGCAGGGGGACCUAUCAGCACAGAUGCUAUGUGGAGUUGAGCAGGGAAAUGAAAUGUGAAGCCUCUACCCUGAUACAAACUACUGCAAUUUACCCAGAAACGGUUAAGCGAGAGGCCAUUCUUCAAAAUGUCACUGAUGGGGUACUUUGUGAGACCGAUGCAUCCAUCCUCCCCAGCCGAGGCAUCUUCAGCCACUUGCCUUUGCACUCUCAACAGCAGGUCCAGACUCCUAUCCCAAUGGUUCCCAUUGGAGGUUUAAGAAUGCCCUCUGUCUGCACAUCUGGUGUUCCUGUCGAGAGACACUCUCACGUGUUACCACAGGGGGACAUUUCAGAGAGGGCUAAUACCAGGCAAGCCUCAGUUUCUAUUCCAGGACCUGGAGUAAGCAACAUAUCAUCCCAGAGGAAAGAGCAGCCAACAUCUUGCACGGGUCUUGCCAGCAAGGACAACAAGCAGGAGGAGAGUGUCCACAUCUGUGCCGAGGCUAUUGCAUCCCUCAGGAUCACAUCAGAGGAUAUCAUUGGUAAUCCUCCAAAAAGCUGAUUUAAAUAACUUAUAUAUAUAAAAUUUUGUCAGGCUUAAUCAAGCGCAUAUGAAGAUUAUUGUUUUGGUAAGGUGCAAUAUGUGGCCAAAAGAAAUGGUAAAGCAAAUAUGCACAUAAUUUCAUAUUCAGAUGCACAACACAUAUUGUAACCAAACUGCCAUAUUAGAGUCGCAUUUCCUAUUAACCACCACUUAUUUUGUCCAUACAUAUAAGGCCAUAUAAAUAUUAAUAUGCAGUCCAUAAAUAUUGAAGUGAUAUUUCAGUAGAUUCAAAUUUCAGAAUCAAUGGAAAUUCUUUCUAUUUUUUCAGAAACUAAAAAGUACCAUCACUUUCCAAAUCUAGUGCAUUAAUAUAUAUUGAUCAUGACUAUAAAUUAAUCAUCCCCGUCUGAUCAGCUUGUGCCUUUUUAGAAUUGUUUGCCUAUGCCUCAGUGAGACAUAAGUAUUGGAUGUAUUGUUAAAGCAGUGAAUAUAGUGUUAAACUGAUCUAAAGUACUGUUGAUGCUUUUUUGAAAUUGCACUCAAUUCACAUUAUACAGUUUGAAUACUAAAUUCAGUAGUGCUACAAUAUUGCUUGGUAUAUAGUUGUUAUUUAUGUUCGCUGGUGCACUUGUUUAAUCUUUUGACUUUUCAGCACUUAUGCAACACAGUGAUAUGUUGUUCAUGUAGUUUAUGAUAUGACAAUGUAUGAUUGCUAUGAUAACCUAAAGUCAUUUGUAAAUGUUAUGCAGUUAGAUGACUAUGUAAAGCACUUUCUACUGAAGUAAUUGACUGAUUAGGUGCAGUUGAUAUUUGGGCUAUUUCGAAUCAUUGUAUGAUUGAUUUUAUCAAAUGGCACAACAUUCCAGCCACUGUUUAGUCAAUUAUAUGCACAUAAAUAUACACAUGGUGUUGGGUAAUAAAGGAUUACAUAUCAACUAGAUUAUGUAUUCAGGUUACAAAAAUGAUGGACUACAUACAAACAGAAUUACACAUUCAGGUUUUGGAAAAGUAAUAUGGCAAUCAACGCAGAAUGCAUUAAAAACUAUUUAUUUACAGACUAAUUUUGUAAAUGUUAUGUAGUCACAUUAUGUCUGAGAAUAAUCAUAUUUGAUUACAAAAAAUAGACAUUGUAUGUUUACAUUUUUCCCCUCAUACUAAGCCAUUGAAAUUAUAAAAAUAUAAUGUAGCAAACCAAAACAUAAUUUUUCUAACAUGGAACAAUUUAAGCACAGCAUUUUCAUAUUUCUGAAAGAAUCUUAACUAUACCUGUCUAAUAACGGAACUACAUAAUAAAUAAAAUGGUCAGAUUCUGUUGUAUUUUUCAUAUAUCUAUAUUUAUAACCAGUGCCUGAGUACAUUUUCUAUGUAAUCUGCCCAACACUACAUAUAUUCUCAUGAACACACAACCAUCUACAUACACACCUAAGCACAUAUACACUCAUGCCAAGGUACACACACACACACACACACACACACACACACACACACACACACACACACACACACACA